AUGACGGUUUCCGACACGGAAACCAUUUCGAAUGACGUCACACAGGCCGCGCGAAUGGUCCAGAGGGUUUAUCGCGGCCACCGAACGCGUCGUGAACUUCGUGGAUGUGGCUUGACUACUUCUACGCGAUGGGUGGAGGCCUUUAGGGAAGCCCAGUGGCAGCAACUACAUCGGCCCCCCCAAUCUCGAGAGACUCCCCACGAUGAAGGAUUCAAUCAAGCACGUCGGAACUGGCAACGAGCUGUGAGUGUCGCUAAACGAGCUGGCGGUGAUGACGAUCGUGUUUCGGAGCCUUCGCCUCCCACAGAGGGUCGACCGGAAAACAGCGAGGAAAUCGCAUCAGGAAUUACGGCGAAGAUGAUGGAUCUACAAUAUUUUCUCGAAAUGGUAGAUCUCAAACAUCGGCAUGGAAGCAACCUGCGCGCGUACCACACAUUUUGGCGGAAUUCAUCAUCUGACGAAAACUUCUUUUACUGGCUGGACCAUGGUGAUGGGAAGAGCGUGGAAAUUCCUCAAUGCCCGCGCGAUCGACUUGAGAGAGAACAAGUCCGGUAUCUCACCCGCGAAGAACGCAUGAAUUAUCUAGUGACAGUGGACGAAGCUGGACUGUUCCGAUGGGCCAAAACAAAUGAGCUAGUUUGGACAAGUACGGCACAUUUCAAAGACAGUCUUAAUGGGGUAGUCAGCGUUAAUGAUGAUGCACCCCAAUUCAAUGGAAAUUCAGCGACAUUCGAAGUGGACUCUACCAGCCGAUCAUCAUCGUCCAGCUCUUCAUGCUCAUCAUCCUCAUCUGGUGUCCAAAGCCUCGGCAGUGUUCUUUCGAACGAUGGCAAGAAACAAGUCACCGAUGAGGAGUACAAAGCUGCCAAGCUCAUGAAGAAGGUGACGCAUGCAAACCCAGCAGCUGCUUUCAAGCGUCUUUUCGGCAGAUCUUCCGAAAAAGAAAAUAUGUGGAUAUUCGUUGCAGACACCUCUUUUCGUUUGUACGUUGGCAUAAAAAAGCCUGGAGCUUUCCAGCACUCGUCCUUUCUCCGAGGUGCCCGCAUUGCAGCGGCCGGAAUGAUUAAGAUAAAGCACGGCCAAUUACGAAGCCUGGCGCCAAUGAGGUACGAGUAA